GGCCGCGCCGUGCGCGGGGGCCGGCGCCAAUGGCGGCAGGCGGAGGGGGCGGCUGACGGUGAGCCGUUGCCCGUCGCGCCCAUUCAUCGCCGACGCCUUCCGCGGCCCUUGCCCUCCCCUCGCCGCUAUGGAAGCGCUGAUCCCCGUGAUUAACAAGCUGCAGGAUGUCUUCAACACGGUGGGGGCCGACAUCAUCCAGCUGCCGCAGAUCGUGGUGGUGGGCACGCAGAGCAGUGGAAAGAGUUCUGUGUUGGAAAGUCUUGUGGGGAGGGAUCUGCUCCCACGAGGUACUGGAGUUGUCACCCGGAGACCCCUUAUUCUGCAGCUGGUGCAUGUUUCCCCAGAGGAUGGUCGGAAAACAGCUGGAGAUGAAAAUGACCCUGCUACAUGGAAAAAUCCAAGACACCUUUCUAAAGAGAUAGAUGCUGAAGAGUGGGGUAAAUUUCUUCACACCAAAAAUAAGAUCUAUACGGAUUUUGAUGAAAUUCGUCAGGAAAUUGAAAAUGAAACAGAGAGGAUUUCAGGAAAUAAUAAGGGGAUCAGUCCUGAACCUAUUCAUCUUAAGAUUUUUUCAUCUAAUGUUGUAAAUCUGACUCUUGUGGAUUUACCUGGAAUGACAAAGGUGCCUGUGGGCGAUCAGCCUAAGGACAUUGAACUUCAAAUAAGAGAGCUAAUCCUUCAAUUCAUCAGCAACCCAAAUUCAAUUAUUCUGGCAGUUACAGCUGCUAACACAGACAUGGCCACUUCAGAAGCACUUAAAAUUGCACGGGAGGUGGAUCCAGAUGGUCGAAGAACCCUUGCUGUUAUCACAAAGCUGGAUCUCAUGGAUGCUGGCACUGAUGCUAUGGAUGUGCUCAUGGGAAGAGUGAUUCCAGUAAAACUUGGCAUCAUUGGAGUAGUGAACAGGAGUCAGUUGGAUAUUAACAAUAAGAAGAGUGUAGCCGAUUCCAUUCGUGAUGAGUAUGGUUUUCUUCAAAAGAAGUAUCCUUCCCUAGCCAAUCGAAACGGAACCAAGUAUCUUGCUAGAACACUGAACAGACUACUGAUGCAUCAUAUCAGGGAUUGCUUGCCAGAACUGAAAACCAGAAUCAAUGUCUUAGCUGCUCAGUACCAGUCUCUGCUAAACAGCUAUGGGGAACCUGUUGAGGACAAAAGUGCCACUUUAUUGCAGCUUAUUACCAAAUUUGCCACAGAAUAUUGUAACACUAUUGAAGGAACAGCAAAAUACAUAGAGACUUCGGAGCUAUGCGGUGGAGCUAGAAUCUGUUACAUUUUUCAUGAGACCUUUGGAAGAACUUUAGAAUCUGUUGACCCGCUGGGUGGCCUUAACACAAUUGAUAUUCUGACUGCCAUUAGAAAUGCUACUGGACCCCGUCCUGCCUUGUUUGUUCCUGAAGUUUCAUUUGAAUUGCUGGUAAAAAGGCAAAUCAAACGUUUAGAAGAACCUAGCUUGCGCUGUGUGGAGCUGGUUCAUGAAGAAAUGCAGAGGAUUAUCCAGCAUUGUAGUAAUUACAGUACACAGGAAUUAUUGAGGUUUCCUAAAUUGCAUGAUGCCAUAGUUGAAGUAGUAACCUGUCUUCUGCGUAGAAGACUUCCUGUCACAAAUGAAAUGGUUCAUAAUCUAGUGGCCAUUGAGUUAGCUUAUAUCAAUACCAAACAUCCAGACUUUGCUGAUGCCUGUGGUUUAAUGAAUAACAACAUAGAGGAACAAAGGCGUAACAGGUUAGCCCGGGAAUUGCUUUCUACUGGGCCACGAGACAAGUCUACUAAAGCUCCAGGUGCAUUGACACCUGCCUCCCAGGAGACUGUUACUGCUGCUUCUGCUGAGGCUGAUGGCAAGGCUGCUGCUGGAGCGGGAGAUACGUCUCAGGAGCCUGGAACAGGCGUCUGGAGAGGAAUGCUGAAACCUUCAAAAGUGGAAGAGGUAUCAGCAGAGGAAAAAUCCAAGCCACCUGCAGCUCUACCUGCUAGUCCUCAAAAAGGACAUGCUGUAAACCUAUUAGAUGUGCCUGUACCUGUUGCACGCAAACUUUCUGCCCGUGAGCAACGAGAUUGUGAAGUGAUUGAACGACUUAUUAAAUCUUACUUCCUUAUUGUCAGGAAGAACAUUCAGGACAGUGUGCCAAAGGCAGUGAUGCAUUUUCUGGUGAACCAUGUGAAAGACACUCUUCAGAGUGAGCUGGUAGGCCAGUUGUAUAAAUCCUUGUUGUUGGAUGACCUUCUGACAGAAUCUGAGGACAUGGCACAGCGCAGAAAAGAGGCAGCUGACAUGCUAAAGGCCCUGCAGCGAGCCAGUCAGAUCAUUGCAGAGAUUCGUGAGACACAUCUUUGGUGAAGACUGUACCAGCCACACUAUUUAUAUGCAUUGGAGGUUACAUUGACUUGAAAAUUGCUAGGCAUGGUAUACGGAGUAGAAUUUUUAUUUAUGAACUCUUAUCUGUGUACUGCAACUGUGUAAAUCUGCUCAUGUAAAGACAGUUGGUUUGAUUUGCAAACAGAAAAAUAUGCUGUAUUUUGCAAAAUAAGUCGUAUUUAAUCCACAUAAUAAAUGGCUCUAAAUGUUUCCUUACCAGCUUUAUGGUGCAAAUUAAAGCAGACCAAGUCUACUGUCUCUGUGACAGUCUCAUUUGAACUUGGGGAAAAAACAUUAAAGUUCCAGUGCCUGACUUGCUAAACAGGUUGCCUGUGGUUAAGAUGGACGGUGUAGUCUUGUGGCAUAGUUUUAAGCUGCUUUUACAACAGAAGUUUAAAUACUGUGAAGAGAAGAGAGCACCGAGUAUUUUCUUUCAUGAAUAUAUUGCAUGCACUAUGACAGAUGGAGGUAUCAAUUUUAUAGCACAGUAGAGGUGUCUACCGUAUUACUAUGUAUGUGUGUCCCCAUUUUUUUUUCCCCAAACAUUAAAACUGCAGACAAAACUCUGAACUUCAUUUAAUGGAGUAUCAUGUAGGAAGAAUUAGCCUGGAGCUUGCAAACGGUAACAGCCUACUAAAACGUGGGUGCGAAGUUAUUCAUGUGCACUGGAGCUUGUGUAUAAAUGUUGGGGUUUAUAAUCAGGUACAAGAACACCUUCCCCUUCCUCCCCCCUGGGACCAAGCCCCUGGACCACCCAACAGUAGAUUUGUCCUGGCAGACCUGAAAAAUAAAAACAGAUUUCAAAACUGUAACGGGAUAAUAAGUGUUUCUUUUAAAAACAGAUUAAGUUGGCCAGGGAGAAGGGGAUCCCCACAACUUCUUCUAAAUUUUUGAAUGUAUGUCAGUAUGAAAUAAAGUCUGUGGGAUUGGAAUAUUUAUACCAGAGAUUACAGUUACUUUUGAGGAAAUUUUACUGUGCUGUAAGUAGCUUUUUUCUUUUUUCUUUUUUUUAUUUUUUGAGGACAAUCCUAAAAUUAGGGAAUUUUAGGUUGGAAAUUAAGUUGAUGAGUUAUUUUCUUCUGUUUAUAAUUCAUACAGAUAAAUAUUGAUCACACUAGCCUUUAAAAAGUAAAGAUUUUAAUUUUUAUGAAUAAAAAUUUAUUUAAACUCCAGCCAGCACACUUGCAUGUACUUUUCAAGCAGAUUCACUUUUUUGUAUAAAGUAAAAAUGUUUACUAUGGUGUUGCUGAUAUUUUAUCUUUAACACAACUUGCAUGAAAAGUAGGACACUGCUGUUAACAUCCAUGGCUUGCUUUUAUGAUAUUGGGCUAAUAUAGUGAGGUUUUUAUUACCAUAUUCAGUUCCUUCCCCAUUUCAUCAGUUAACAGAAAUGGAAUUCCUUUUGUAAGCUGCUAAAGAUUGAAAAUUUAAAAACUGUUAAGACCUCAGUUUACAAGAAGGUCUGUUUAAAAAUGUGUUUUUUCUCAUGGUAAUCUUCAGUUUGGCACCAGUGUAAGCACAAGGAAUUAAGUCUGACAGAUGCAACUUUUGGGUACUUUAUGCAUGAUCUGAAAUAACUUGUGCAGAACACACAAAUAUAUUCUGUAUUUUUAAACAGCCUAAAAGAUCACGAUGGACGCUCUAUGUGUAAUGAAAACGAAGUAAUUUUAACUUCUUGCAUUGUAUCCGGGGAUGGUAGUUCUCAGAUUUAAGAAAUGUGACUGUAGUGAAGCGCAAGCCACUUUUCAAAUCAAUUUUGGUGAACAGUGAAAGCUUCUACUAGUUUUGUCAAAAGCAUUACAUUUCUGUUUGGAAUUCACCUGACGCCUCUUUCCCUUUUACUUUCAACCUCUAAAAAGUAUGUUUUCAACAAGGUAGAGCCGUCCAUAAGUGAACUGCUACCUAAGCUUUAACUCUGAAAGUUCAGUCAACAGUCUCUUGUGAAGAAAUAUUCUGACUUGUAACGUUUUUAAAUGUUGCAUAAAGCAAAUUAAUUCAAUUUAUUUAAGAAAUUCCUGCAAGUGUUAACUGGCUCUGUAAUAUCACGUGAAAUUUCCACAGUGUUAAUUUGUUUUUUGAAAUGUUAUGAUUUUUUUUUAAGUUAAGUUUCACACAAAUUUUCAAUUCGGUAAUGUCUGAGUGCCAAGAAAUGAACUUGAUUUGUAAUCCUUAAUGCAAGUCUUCAAAAAUCCAUGCUGUACCAAUCCUGUUAUUAAAUAAACAGAUAGUACACAAAGUUAAUUAUCCCAGAAAUAAAGUUUUGAACUGACUUGUAGUUCAGGUGGCAGGAGUUACAUGCUCUCACAAGUUAAUAGUACAACUACCUAUAUUUGUACAGACUUACUUAAGUAUGUUUGCACUUGCCCUCAUGCAAUUCUACAGUGUUAGUUGCGUAAGUAAUAGUGUAGGCAGGCUGCUAGUGGCUAUUAAUGGUUUUUAAACAAUCUGUUGUCUGGAAUUGAACUAAAAUACUUAAAAUGCUACUGUUACUGCAACCAUUAAAAUAAAUUACGGGGAAACUAUGGAAAAAAGCCUAAUGAAGGCUUUCAGCAACUGAAAAAUUCCCAGAUUAGACUGAUGGUUUACAAAUGUUUUCUAGUCAAUCUUAUUUAAUUUAAACUUGAAAUACUUUUGUCAUCAAUGCACAAAUUUCAGCUAACUAACUUGUGUUCCAGUGAAACACACAAUCAUGGGGGAGAAAAACCACUGUAGCUAAGUUUAGAUUACUAAAUGUUUGACAUUAAUAUCUGAUCUAUGUGUGGUACUACUGUAAAUAAAACAUAGUAUCCUUACGUGAA